ACAAUACACAUUUUCGGUCUUCACUCUCACUCCGAAAAUGGAACCACCACCACCGCCGCCGACAUUCCUUGACGACCUAACCGAAGACUUCCUCAGCGUCAGUUUUAACUCAACCACUACCAAUAACCGCAGCACGAGCACCAGCUCCGGUUCCGAAACCACCACCACCACCGCCGCCACUAAACCUCACAGUACUCCUUCCACUGGAAACCUAACCCUAACCGACAUCCAAUUCCUUCACCGUCUCGGCGCCGGCGACAUCGGUUCCGUUUACCUAGCCAAACUAAAAUCCUCACCUCCGGCGUCUUCCACUACCACAUCCGCCGCCACGUUGUUCGCCGUGAAAGUGAUGGAUAGGAAAGAACUAGCCAGCCGGAAUAAGGAACGGCGAGCGGUGAUAGAACGAGAGAUACUAGAAGUUGUGGAUCAUCCGUUUUUACCGAAUUUGUACGCGUCUUUAGAAUCACCGAAAUGGUUGUGUUUGGUUACGGAGUUUUGUUCCGGUGGCGAUCUUCAUAUUCUCCGGCAACGCCAACUGUAUAAACGGUUUCCUGAAUCUGCUGUAAGGUUUUAUGCAUCUGAAGUGACUGUAGCUCUCGAAUACCUUCACAUGUUGGGAAUUGUUUACCGUGACCUAAAACCAGAAAACGUUUUGGUCCGAUCAGAUGGUCACAUCAUGCUCACUGAUUUUGAUCUCUCCUUGAAAUGUGACCUCUCCGUGUCAACCCCGGCCCAAGUUUAUCCCAAUCACAACCAAUUAAACCCGCUACCACGGACUAAUCAGUGCCUUCUUGGCCCACCCAAAUUCACCUCUUCUUCUUGCAUUCUUCCCAAUUGCAUUGUCCCCUCAGUCUCUUGCUUCAACCCUAAACGCAAACGCAAGAAGAAACCCAUAAACCAUAAUGGACCCGAGUUUGUGACAGAGCCUGUGGAUGUUCGGUCAAUGUCGUUUGUUGGGACCCAUGAGUAUCUAGCACCAGAAAUUGUGUCCGGUGAGGGACAUGGUAGUGCCGUUGAUUGGUGGACCUUAGGAAUAUUCAUAUAUGAACUAUUUUAUGGCGUCACACCUUUUAAAGGGAUGGACAAUGAGCUUACUCUAGCCAAUAUUGUGGCACGGGCUCUUGAGUUCCCUAAAGAACCCGUGAUCCCAGCUACAGCUAGAGACCUAAUAUCUCAAUUGUUAGUUAAGGAUCCUGACCAACGUAUGGGGUCCACAAUGGGUGCAUCAGCCAUCAAACAUCAUCCGUUUUUCAAUGGGGUCAAUUGGGCACUCUUGAGAUGUACACCACCGCCGUUUGUCCCUCCACCUUUUAGCUACAAAGACGUUGCAGUGGAUGACGGUUGCCCUGGUACACCGGUGGAAUACUAUUAGCAUAAAAUAUUAAUCGGAGUUUCCUAUGUAGUCUGUAUUUUGGUGCAACCAAAUUUUAAUUCGGUUCAGACACGAUGGUAAUGGGAUCAAAGUUUGUUCUAUGGGCCGGUUGCAUUUUACAAAAGUAUAUACAUAAUUUCAAGCUCGGUUAUGUGGAAGGCAAACUUUAACUUAGAAGAGAUUGUUAUAUCUACAAUCUUCUAUUAAACA